AUGUGGAUGCAGCAGUCGAUGGAAGGUGGCCGGAACCACCAGCAAGGUGGCGGUGGCUACGGCGGCAGCAGCUCGAGCAGCUUCGGCCGCCCCAAGCAGGACGACGCCGACUGGAAGAGCCGCAUCGUCGGCAGCGGCCAAUGGCUCGGCGAAAAGGUCAUGUCGCUCGCGACGGGCAGCUCGACGAACGACAACAACUCGGGCAUGCGCUCGCACAACGACGGCCGCGCCAACUGGAUGGCCGAGAUCCGCAGUAACACAGGCUCCAACCAAGGCUACAAUGGCGGCGGCUACAGUGGCGGCGGCGGCUACAACGCUGGCGGCUAUCAGAACGACUUUGCCACGGAGCGACCGGGAUCGUACGCCGACAGCCGGCCAUACAGCAGCAACCACAACAGUAGCAGCAACACGGCGCCGUACUCAGACUCGAACUAUCGGUCUCAAAUGCAGUCGUACUCGUACGACAACAAGUCGUCCAAGAAGAAGUCGAGCAGCAGCAACAACAAGAAGCACCGCAAAAAGGCCAAGGAGUCGAGCUCAAGCGAUGACAGCUCGGACGACAGCUCUGCGUCGUCGGAUGCGUCGUCCGCCUCGUCCAGCGACGCCAAGGUCAAGUCCAAGAAGAAGCCAGCGUUGAAGAAGAAGGCAUCGAAGCGCGUUGAAGUUGUCGCGUCCGAAGGCGAGUCGACCGAAUCGGCGCCAGAGACCAAGGCGUCGAAGAAAACCAAGGCGAAGCGCGUGGGCGUCAAGUCGAAGGCGUCAAACGGCAACAACUACGCCUACUCGCUCGACACGUCCAAGGUCGCCGCCGCCGCGUCGGAGGAGCCUGCGAAGGGCAAGAAGGCGGGCAAAAGAGCAAGAAGGCCGACGCCGCGCCGGUGGUCGACCUUCUCGGCGUCGAGUCGCUGUCGAUCUCGAGCGCACCCGUGUCGUCGACCGCUUUCGCACCGGCCGUCCAUGUCUCGACGAUUGACCAACUUGCUGGCCUUCGUUUGA